UGAUAAAGCAGAAGACACGCACUGGCAAACGCUCUCUGACAGAGAUGCUGCACUGAAGCUUAACACUUCUGCUUUUCAUGGUGCAUGAAUGCAUUUGGUCAGAUGAGGAAUGAUGCUAUGGACCAUUAUCUUCAUUUGAUUGGCACAGAUGAAGAGGGCUAGCAUGUCUCGUCCUGUAUGGAGCUCACUUCAGAUGUCCUGUUCUCUCUGGCUCCUCCUUCUGUCCUCUUCUAUCAGGUUUAAUCCUGCUGUAUCUGAAUUAGUAUUUUCAGUGUUACCUGAAGAUGGCGUUGGGAUUUUAAAUAGCUCUCUGAUGCUGCAUUGCACAGUGUUUGAUUCUGGCCUGAAGGCUCCUCUAACAGUCAAAUGGGAGAAAGACACUGGAGGUCUGGACAGCAGGAUUCAUCAGUUGGCCAAUGGCUCCCUUUUCUUCCCCUACCUAAAAGAAGAAGACUUUGGAAACUAUUCUUGCAGUGCAAAGAGAGGCAACAAACAGAUUCAGACCACUGUCAUGAUCAGCAAAGCAUGCCUGGAGGAUGUGUUCUUUCACCCUCAGUCCAUGAGAACUGAAGAGGGACGUGAUGUUUUUCUUCAGUGUGUUUCUGGUGAUAGUUCUCCACCCGCUCAAAUUUCGUGGUUAAAAAAUGGCAGAGUUCUCACUAAAGGAAACCAGAUUCAGGGACAAUAUGGAGGAGGGAGUCAAAGGAAGACUUCUGGCACUUUGCACAUGGCUAACAUCACCAAAGCAGACCAAGGAGUUUAUAUCUGCAUCACCCACAAUUCUCUGCUGAACAUAAGCAAAGGAAGUCAAGCAGCAACUCUGAUGGUGCAUGGAUCCAAUGUAGAUGUAAAGAUUAUUGAAGGCCCCCAAAAUGUCACUGUACCUGUUGAAAUGGAAGCUGCACUUCACUGCUUUGUUGAAGGCUUCCCCAUUCCCACAGUGCAGUGGUUUAAGAAUGGACAUCCAUUACUUAAUUCUUCUAGAUGGGAUCUGCAGAAGGAUGGACAACUGCUGAUUUUUCAGAGAGUUUUGUCGGAAGAUGAGGGCCUGUAUUUCUGUGAAGCUCACAACGAGGGGCAGAAAGUGAUGUCCGAACCAGCCUACCUCCUUCCUGCAGUUAUGGAUUGGAUCUUUGUUCUUGAACCUGCCAACCUAACAGUGAGGAAAGGUGAAUCUGCGACACUUUUCUGCAGGCCUCCUCGCAGCAGACCCCAAGCGCAAGUGUCUUGGUUUAAGAACAACAGACUCCUCCAGACAGAACCGCAUUACACUUUUGAUCCUACUGGAGACCUGGUCUUCCACAGUGUAAAGGACACAGACAGUGGAUUGUAUUUCUGCAGAGCAUCUAAUUUCCAUCUCAAAAGGGCUCUCACAUCGAAAAAAAUCUUCCUGAAUGUUCUUGAACCUCCAUCCGUGACUAUCUGGCCGACUGUGGUGACGUCUCCUGUAGGAGCUGAAGUGGCGAUUCACUGCCAGGUGUUAGGACACCCUGCUCCUUUCAUCAGGUGGUCAAAGCAGGGCCAGUCUAUCCAAACUGGAGGAAAAGUUAUCAUGGGGUUAAGAAACACAACACUCUACAUUUCAUCAGUGAGAACGUAUGAUGAAGGACAUUACACAUGCACAGCAUCCAACACACUGGGUCACGAUCAGAAAACCAUGACUCUUCGAGUUGCUGUAAAACCAGUCAUUGUUUCCUUCGUUGCAUCGCUCACUGUCUCGGAGGGAUCACCUGUCAGUCUCCCUUGUCAAGCUGUUGGAGAUUUUCCUGUCAAAUACACUUGGAUUAGAACUGCGUCAAUACAAAAUUCUCUAAAAAUGCCUGGUCCGAACUCUCCGGUCUCACUCCCGCAACAGAUACACAUUGAUGAUAAUGGGACAUUAGUCAUCUCCAACAUCCAGCGGUCUGAUGCAGGAGAGUAUCACUGUACUGCGGAAAACAGAGUGGGUCAGGAUAUGAGAAGUGUCAUCAUAAUUGUAACUGCUGUGCAUGAUGUCCCACCUGAUAAGGAAGCGCUGAGUGAAACAAUUAUGCCCACUGUUCCAGAGAAUGAGCAAGAGAUAUUUACUAAUUCCAUUCUAUCUGGUUCAAAGCUUCUGAGUAAUACAGAGAUAAAUGAAUCCUUUCAGCAAGCAACUGAAGAUUACACAAAGAUAUCCUUGUUAAAUGCUUUUGUGGAGGACUCACCAACAUACUUGAAUCUUGAAUCUACCCAAGACACUACAGAGUUUAUUUCACUUAAGCCAACUGGCAUUAGCAUAGGAAUUAAUGAGAAAAUCAAACAACCCAUUCCAACACAAAAACCAACCCCUGUGCCUGUCAAACACAUAACAUUUCCCCCACUCAAAGACACUUUUAUACAGGAUACAUAUGAACAUAUGCAUCUAACAGAGCAGGUCACUAAACAUCCAGUACUGAACUCAAAUACAAACAGCCCUUUGCCACCAGACUCAUAUUCUCAAAGUGUAAUGGCUGUAGAGAAUUUCACUGCCUCUGCUCCUGUGGAACAGCAUCUAAAUCAGAGUCCAAUCAUCAAGCAGUCUGGAGGUACCAAGUCUGUGACGAACGACACAGACCUUGUUGAGUCACUCAAGAAAAAUACCUCACAGGCCCCUAUGAGGACCACUGACAAUAAUAACAGAGAAAAGGAGAAAUCCCAAACUUGGUUGCCUGUGAUCGAGAAGCAUGAUAUUCCUAUUGUCGUUGGAGUUGGUGUUUCGUUAGCAUUCAUCUUUAUUGCCAUGGCCUUUUACUCUCUGGUUCAGAAAAAUGAUCCUGCAGCUGUACCUACAGGGAGGGCAGCGUUGAGGGGAAUUUGUGGGCCUUGCAGACAUGGGGAACGUCUUGCAAUGGAAAGGACAUAUGAUAACAAGGCAUUUGAAGAUGACAAUUUGGUGGCUGUUAUUGAGCAAAGCCCCAACACAUCAGAGACAAGAGCACUCCCAACAGAAGGCAGCCCAUCCACCUUGAUGAUGGAGCCACCGUCCGAUAAUUUGCAAGAGGGUGUCCAGUCCAACCAGGACCUGCCAGUUAUUGUGGAGACUCACCCAGAGCCUAGAGAAGAGGACCAGUUGGAGACUAUAUUUGAGGAGGGGAAGGUCACUCCCUCACCACUUUCUGACAUUCAGCUUCAGUGCAUGGAGGACUGGAGGAGCAGAGAGUUCGACCCUGGUCAGGACGCCCCCUCACCUCCUCCAGCCAAUCCAACACCUGCCCAGGAAGAGGGCCUCCGCUCUUCCCUGACCCUUCAGACCAGCGAUCCCUCCUCAACUCCGGUGCGCCACAGCAUCAAUAUCUCCCAUGCUUUCUCUCCCCUGCUGUUGUCCCACUGCGUGUCCCUGGGCAUGACCUCUGUGGCCGUGGAUGUGCACUUCUACCCUUCGGCCACAUCAGCAGCCGGCCAUCCUCCAUGCCCUGCCUUUGGACCCCCAGGCCAGCAGGUGAACACCAGGCUGGAGCACGAACUGAAUGCACCCUCUGCUAGCCACAGUAAAUAACAAGAGUGUGUGACAAACGUUGAAGUCAUGAAAAAGCUCUUUUUUAAAUCGCUCACUUCAUAAGGCUGCUGGCAGUUAGGUUAAAGAUGGUGCUGAUGCUUUUUUAAAUAAUUGUCAUAUUUCCUAUGAUGUUGGUUUAAUGAAAGGCAGCAUGAGCUCAUAUGGAGUGAUGCAUUAGAAUGACUGCGUCUGAAUUCCUGUACUUUCACAGUAUAAUUACUUUGCAUACUACAUCUGCCAUACUGUAAAAAAAAUGUCCUAUUAAAUUUAUGGUGGAAAUGGCAAUAAUUAACCCUAAAAAUGCAGUGACGUUGUUUCCGAUAUUAUGGGAUGGCAUAUAUAUUAUUGGUGGUAAAUUACUGAUUAUAAAAAGAAAUAUAGCUGCAAGCAGCGUUUAUUGGGGUUCAAGCGUUUUAAGGCAUUUAAGCACAUAUGAAAAAAGACAUUAUUUAGCAAGCUUGUAACCACCUAAAUCAAUUAUUUAAAAAGCAUUUUUGGUAAAUCCAUAGCUAAUUCAUCAUAGAAAUAUUAUGUUUUUUAACAGGUAAGACUGUGAGCACCAGCUGUGGUCUGAUCACCUUAAAUCUUUGCAUGCUAGUUUAGAAUAAUCUGUUGCAUGUGCUCAGCAGGUUUCGUAAAGUUUUGUGUUUUUUUACAUCUUCUCAAUCAUUUAACAAACACUUUGAUUGACAGCGGUGAUUCUAGAGGCAAAGUUGUCCAGAAUGAGGAGUUUUAUCGCAUGAUACGAAUAUCACACGUAUGUGCAAAAACCCACCCGACGCACAAUCAUUUGCGCCCUUAAUAAAUGCGAUAUUGUCCUCCCAGUGGCUGAUUUCUUUCAAAAUUUUCUCAGAUUUUUGUGGCCGUGAGUCAAACAGGCCCACCUCGGUUUUGUUCUGAUCAGCCUCCGUUAACCUUGUCUAACAGGUGCUCAAAAUUCGUUGGCCCAUGGCAGCCAUGUUUUUUGAGAUACACAGAUGUUCUUGUAGACACAUGUGGCACUUCAGACCAAGACUGCACACCAAUUUUCAUGUUGAUAGGACUAAUGGUUGUGCAGUUGUAGUCAAUUUUAGGUUUUUACCCUCUUAUACCACCACCAAUUGGCCAAGCUCCACAAUAUUUUUUUCCCUGUGGCCUUAGAUUGAGCUCUUACAUAAGUGUUCUUACAUAAGAGCUUGGCAGAGAUAUCUCAUUUUGUUCAGGAGUUAUAGGCAUUUUACUAAAAGUGGCCCUGGCCCUUUCGAAAGUUUUGGCGCCCCUUUGACGGUGAGUCAAAAGUUUUUUUUGAUAAUAAUUGAUAUUCACGCUCCAGAGAAUCUUUAUGCAUUGGUUUGGUUCCAAUCGGGUGGAAAACACCUAGGACUAGUCAGCAAAAGUAGGUUUUUUGGAAAAUGCAGAAUACACAAAAAAUUCGCCAAGCUCACGAUCGAGCCAAGGAUUCCAAUGACAUAAGACUGCAACUGAUGGUUUAGGAGUUAUGAGCAAUUUUGUAAUUUUGAUCACUGUAGUGCCCCUGUCAGGCUGAUUGGGGCAAACCUUGGUCACAUUAUAGGCGGUGUGAGUACUACCAGAAGUCUCUACAAAUUACGGUUUGGUCGCUGAUCCGUGACCAUUUUAAUAAUUACAAUAGGCUUCAAGCGCGUAGAAGAGAAGAACCAAAACUAUUUAAAUAAACCAUUUUUAUAUAUGAUAUGCCACACAUAAACAUCUGGGAAUGUCAUUUUUUUUUUUUUAUUUAUUUUAUAGUAAAAUUACAUAUUUUUUACAGUAUGGCAUUAGGACAGGGUGAUAUAACUAAAAAUUUUUAAAUAUUUUUCAGUCUUUUGACAAAAUUUGCUAAGUGUGUUUGAUCUCAAAAUGUAUGAAUUGGCUUUAAAAAAGUAUCAUUUUUAAAAAUGUUUAAUGCUUCAUAAAAAAGUAAAAAUAAAUAAAAAUCUAUUUUGAAUAAUAAACAUUAAACGAACAUAAAGAAUAUUAAUAUUUAAAAAAUUAUAUCCAUCAAUAUAACAAUAUAUGGUAACACCGAUACAGUAUUAAUCUUCAUAUAUUUUUACUAAGACAUUUUAAUAUAUGAAAAAUGUCAUGCAUUCAUUUGCAUGUACUACUACCAACCAUGAAAACGUAAAGAGCCACAGCCUGAGCUUUUGUGGUCUACAUAUACAUAUAUAUAUAUAUACACUUCACAUACAGUUUUUUCUUUUACACUGUACAGAAGGAAAGUACAGGAAACAAUUGCAGGUAACAUUUAUUAUUCAUCAGGUUUAUAUACACUGUCUUUCCUCUAAUGCCAAGGAAUUUAUAAUACUGUAAUUAUUAUUUAAGAGUAAUGUAUAUAUUAAUGUAUUUCUGAAAAUUAGAUUAGAUUUUUUAAACAAUUCAGAUUUUAAGAAAUGACUUCUACAAACCUAGCCAUGGCAUUAUGUCAAAUAUUCUUGGAAAAGGUCUCCACAGUAAUGGAGAGUAAAUGCAAUGAGAUAAUGGAACUUAUAAUUAUAAAAAGUUUUAUUUGUCCAACAACUCGACUGUUACUUCUGCUCGUGCCAAAGGUCAAUCCACCGUACUAUCAGUUAUUUCUGUGACUUGUAAACAUUAAUCUUAAGAUAUUGGGAGUAUUGUACAGUACUUCAUGGGCAACCAACUGUUGAGUCUUGCUUGUACAUAGAAGUUGCAAGUUAAUACAAUUAAUAAAACUCGAACUUAAACUCAUAAGUCUCUUGCUGACUUUUUUGAAGUUAUAAGAAGCUGAGACACAAGUAUCGUACCAUUUACAUAAUUUUAUUCAGAACAGGUCAUAGUCUGAUUAGCAUAAUUAUUUUAUGUGAAGUGUUAUUGUCUUUAAGAAGUUCACUUCCAGUAGGAAAACAUUACA